UGGCAUCUCGUCACUCUCUUCUCUCACUUCUUCUCCUGCCCUGUUUUUACUGAACGAUUAAUAAGGACAAAUGAGAUCAGAUGAAGUUUAUUGUCAAACUAAAACACUCACCCAGCAAGAACUUAGGAACUCUUUGUCCAUUGUAGAAAGUUUAGCAAGUCAGACAUCUCCUCUCAGAUUGACGCACUUUCAUUUCUCCCCUGUGAUCUGUGCAUUUUUGCAUAAUAUGGCCCCUUUGUCUUUCUCUUUUAUUUACUCUCCUUUACCCAUCUCCCUAUUUUUUGUACCCCCAAUGCAGUAACCUUCUUUUCUCAGCCCUUGAUUUUGUCCCUCUCUCUGUCCUAACUAACACUGAAUUCUCCCUCAGUGGUCCCUCUUUGCAGUCUCGUCUCUCCCUGAUUUCUCUCCACCUCUGCCCACUCUUUCUCUUUUCUUUUCAUACUUUCUCUUUAUCUGUCUCUUGCUGAGAUCUGUUCUGGGUCUCCUGUAUGCCAGAGUGGAGCCAGCACGUAAGAUCCACACUGGCUGUUAAACAGAGCUGUGGCAGGUGGGAUUGCUGGACCCAGUUAGCCCCCCCGCUCGCUCUCUGUCUCUCUCUCUCUCACACUUGCUCCUCAUCUCUCCGUCCACUUUGAUUCAUUUCUGUGUAUGGGCAAGGACGGCUAACAUGGAGUCUUUGGGUCUUUUUAUCCUUCUAAUGCUUCUGUGUUUCCAGUGGACAGCUGCCCCUGCUGCUGAGGAAAUUACCUGGAGCUACAGUGGCUUGGUGGGUCAGUCUGAGUGGUCGCAGUAUUUCCCUGACUGCAGUGGUACUUCUCAGUCCCCCGUUGAUGUGCUAACCACCCAGACUAAAUAUGACACCAGUUUGAUCCCACUGACCCCACUGGGCUACAGUCAGCACGGAAACAAGCCCUUCACUAUGUACAAUAACGGACACACAGCUGUGAUCGAGCUGCCAGACUGGAUGGGGCUGGGGGGGCUGCCCUGGCUCUUUACAGCUGUGCAAAUGCACCUUCACUGGGGCAGCGGCGGCCCGAGUCACGGGGGCAGCGAACACACCAUCAACGGACUGAGUGCGGAUGCAGAGCUGCAUGUGGUACACUACAACUCUGAGCUCUACCCCAACAUGUCCACAGCAAUGACACAGAGUGAUGGCUUGGCUGUUUUAGGAAUUCUCAUUGUGACAGGUGAGGAGACCAACCCGGCAUUUAACAACAUCCUCAACUACCUGAGCCGCAUCAGACAUGCUGAUCAGAAGGUGUCCAUCCCAGCCUUUGACAUCCAGUCCCUGCUCCCUAACGAUCUGGGACGCUACUAUCGCUACAAUGGCUCCUUAACAACGCCUCCCUGCUACCAGAGUGUGAUCUGGACUCUGUUCCAUGAGAGGGUUCAAAUCUCAAAGGCACAGCUGCUGAAGAUGGAGACGAUACUUUACUCCAGUAAAGCUGAAGAUCUGAAUAGGAUGCUGCUGCAGGACAACUAUCGCACAACACAGCCGCUCAACCACAGGGUCAUCUUCACCUCCUUCACUGCAGAAUCAGGGAAGGAGCUCUCUUCUGGUGAAGUCACAGCGAUAGUGAUAGGAGUGAUGUGUGGCUGUGUAGGUCUGGCAGUAAUCAUUCGCUUCAUCGUGAAGACGAUACGAUUUUUUACACUUCUCCACCAUGAAACAGUCGUGGUAAACAGAUGCAGUGCGUUUGCCCUUGUCAGCCACCAUACGGUUCACCCCAAAAGCAAAAAUUCUACCUCUAGCUGGGACGUCCUACCCAGUAACCGGCCUGCUCCCAUGCCAAGGAUGAAGGAGCCAGAGAAAGCUAAAGAGAAAAAACAAGCCAUGGUUCUGAACACCACCUCUGAAGGAGAAAAGAAAGAAGAACCCUUGCCGUCUCCUCAGACUGAGCCCUAGCUGACAUCAGCUUGUCCAGACACACGCAAAAAUACUCUCUUCUUCCCUCUUGCCAAUGAUGUUAUCACUGAUCCAUGUCUCCUCAGGCGACAGAAAGCAAAACAUGUUUUCACUCAUCAGUUACAAAAGGCAACAGGAAAAAACAUUUUAUAUAGUAAACUGGACACAUCACCUGCUGCCCCGAUCACUUAACUUUUUUUUUUAAUUCCCUACCUAAAUUUAGUGAUCUUAGCAGUCUUGGUAUCAGCCAUUUUUCCAGUUUGCACGUGAAACACUUGGUUUAAAUAUGUCUGUUUGCUGCCUCUGAGUUGUAUGUUUGCUCUCGCAAUGCUUGGGAUGCAUGAGUGGUUCAUGUAAAUACUUUGUAUGAUAUAUUUUGUGGGGUUUUUUGUUUCACGUUUGGCUGUUAUUUCAUCUUUUUCAUCCUGCCUUGAAACACACUGCACUGUAUGAAAUGUAAUAGAGUUAUGAAAUGUUUACCUAUGAUACCCAAUGUAAUAUUAUUUUUUUUUACCCCAGGACUUGAGCAUUGGACACAAAUUGGAGAAUUUGGUAUUAAAACACACAGGAAGUCCUAUCAAAUUAAUAAAAGAUAUAUGAUGAAGGUCUUAAGGGAUUUAAAGUGUUUAGUAUAAAUGGAUGCUGUCCAAACAUUACGGUUGUAAAUGGAUGAGUUAUAUUUAUGUACACAUGUUCAUUCUCUUGGAAAAAAUGAUUUGUGGUGCCAUAUAUCAUCUUUGUCUGAUUGAUUUAUUGCUGUAUAUAACUCGUCAACAUGGGCACCUCAUUAAAGUACUUGAAUGAUAACAUCA